ACAAUUUCGACUCAGAUUGGGAAACAUAUUUGCAGACAUCUUUAAGGUCAAAUUUCGCUGCAUUUUUAUACAGAAAUCUUGAUUCAGAUUUAAGGGUAUAUUUUAAAAUAUAUUUUGAGGCAGACUUGCUGAAACAUUUGGAGACAUAUUAUGAAAAGUACUUGAAGCUCAAAUUGAUGUCACAUUUGAUGACCGAAUCGGAUACAGAAACUGUCGUAUCCGAUGCGGAAACAUAUCUACUGUCGGAUAAGGAAACAUUAAUAAGCUCAGGCUCCGAGACAUUAAUUUCGGAAGAUUUUGAUUCAGACUUGCCGGAUUCGGAAACAAGCAGCAAUUAUUUGCACACAUAUAAUGUCGUAUCCGACUCAGAAACAUACGUACAGUCGGAUGGUGAAACAUUAAUAAGCCCAGGUUCCGAGACAAUAAAUUCGGAAGAUUUGAAUUCAGACUUGUCGGAUUCGGAAACAAACAGGACAUUCGAUAUUCAGUCGGAUUUAUCGAAUAGUAUUCAGACAUUGGAUUGUUCAGAAUCAGACCAUGAAUUGGAUGUACCGCUAAAAACCGCUAUGAUUCAUGAGGAACGUGACCUUCAAUUGGCCCAGAUGGCUAGUAUUUCGACCUUCCCGAAAGUGGGACAACGAUACGAAAUUGAUUUGACAGUUCUGCCAAAGACAGAAGAUUAUGUACGUUUUCAAUUAUAUAUGGGCAGCAACGACUCAACCGUCAAUCCAGCUGGCUUUCUUCGCACUCUGAUAGUGCACUAUAAGAUGUUUCAAGUGGAGCGACAGGCAUUUAAAUUAAAUAGACUAGACAGGAUUAUUUAUUUGUAUACGAAAAUUGUGUAUCCAGUUUUUAUGGGUAUACUGAUAUUUCUUGCCUUGUGCAUCCUUCUGAUAUUUUAAAGUACUUAGCUUCUUGGCAACAUAUAUUGGUUCAUUAACUUUCCAUGAUU